AGAUUUGAUUAGCACAACAGAUAUAAAUCACCCAAGGUUCAUGUAGAUAUCAGCACAAGAUUCAGGGAUAGAGGAAGAAGAGAAACAAUAGUGGAGCAAAUCAGGUGUUCAAGAAAGUGAAAGAAAAAGCUAAGAAGAUCAAGAACAGUCUUACCAAACUUGGUCAUGAUCAUUACCACGAUCAUGAUGUGUAUAUACAAAGAAGAAUAUGACAAGCAAGAAUCAGAGUGGCACGGUGAGCCAGAUUUGUUAUUACCUUUGAGAAAGAUAUACGUGUUAUGUUUUUGCGACAUUGACGGAGUCUCUGUUUUCUGUCUGAAUGGCACGGUGUAUACUCACGGCAGCGUAACAGGUCAACCUGAGUCACUGAGUCAUCCCGGUGAGCUAAUUUUCUGGAACUGCCGGGGAUCGUACACCAGGGAAAAAUUUUCUUUCGUUGGUGACUUCAGAUUAUUCCAAACGUCUUGAACCUGAGCCACUACGAGAUACCUUUUAUGGACAUGAGGACAAAUACUUUGGAGAGGGACUUGAGAAGAGAGACGUUUCAUCCUCUUAAACGGUACGACAUGUCGGAGAGAGAAUAUAAGAUCAAGGCUCAUCAGAUGCAAAUAAACACUCACGUGUCUUUGUUAUCCGCUACAAAGGAUGUGAUGUUUUUCUUAAUCUCUUGGUGGAUGUUGCAGGCAAACCUUUGUCAAAAUUCUAAAGCCAUUUAUGAAUUGGCUUGAAGAGGCAGAGGAACAAAAAGAUUAUGAAGACUUUUCUUCAUUUUGCUCUUUAAUUUAGUUUCUUAUCUAAAACAAAUAGUUUUAGAGCGUAUCUGUCUUUUAACUCUUUGCUUUCUGAUAUUCUUUUGCUGCGUUCGACCUUUUAGUAUAUUUUGUCAAUAAGUUUACCUUUCUAAUGAUUGUGUAUCCUUUUUGUUACGAGUUCUCCAUCUGACUGUUAUAUUGUGUUUAA